UACGAUUCCCAUAUAUCCUCCAUAUUCGCAUAUUCGCAGACGUGGGGAAUGUCCCACGGGGAGACUUCAGCGGACGACAUCUACCAAUCCAUGUUGUUGGAUUAGGGGAAGCUGAGAUCGGGCAAGAGGAUCUGGCUGGGUAUUGUUUUAGCCGAAUGCGGGGGUGGCUGAGAAACUCUGAGAAAGUCAUGUUGCAGCUCUCCACCGCGACACUCUUCGUGCACGUCGCAAGCACGCUGACGCACAGGAGCUUGCAGAAAUACGAUUCUCAAGAUUGCUCCGUUCCAUGCUUCUGUCGGAUGUCCAUAUCUUGGGUGUCGGAACAGCAUCAAAAUUCUCGCGGACCUUGCUACUUAUACCACUGCAUAUUAUCUUUCAGAACAUCUUCAUUGUCCUUCCCCAUGUCUGAAUUCUCAUCUCCAAUUGGGCCCCUGCCUGACAUUCCUGACAAUCUGACCAUCCCUCAGUUCAUACUUGAUGGGCGUCAUCCUGUUAGACCAAACAACGAGUUCCUCAAUCCAUGGUUGAUAGAAGAAUCGACAGGGAGAUCUGUGGGGUUCGAGCAGGUGCGAACGCGUACAUAUGGCCUUGCCAAUGCGCUGGCUUCGCGGUGGAAGAUCGGUGAAAAUGAUGUCGUUUGCAUAUUCAGCUCCAACCAUAUUGACUGGCCGAUUGCGCUAUGGGCUACUCACAGACUGGGUGGCGUCGUAACGGGUGCGAACCCUGCAUACACAGCAGAUGAGCUGGCAUAUCAACUUGAAGUUACGAAGGCAAAGCUACUUAUCACCCAUUCUGGCAGUUUGUCGACUGCCCUCACGGCUGCCCGUGACUCCGGCAUAUCAGAGGACCGGAUAGUUAUCCUUGACUCCCAAUCGGGUACUUCGAGUCCGUAUCCGAAUAUCGAGUCCUUGGUUCGAGAAGGUUUAGCUCGUGGGCCUUCGUUCGUUGAAAGACGGCUUGAGCUUGGUGAAGCGAAAACAAAAUUGGCACUGCUGAACUUCUCCAGCGGUACCACUGGAAAACCCAAAGCUGUGGCCAUUCCUCACUAUGCUGUCAUCGCAAAUACCAUCCAGAUGGCUCUUCAUGGUAAAGUAAAUGAAGAUUAUACGUCCUGGGAAGAGCGUAGAUAUCGCACGGGUGAUGUCGUUUAUGCAGUGCUCCCAUUAUAUCACAUAUAUGGACUGGUCGUCAACUUACACUUCUAUCUAUUCUCUGGAUAUACUUUGGUCGUGUCAUCUAGAUUCAAUUUUAUAGAGAUGCUCAAGAGCAUCGAGCGAUACCGCAUUAAUCAUCUACUACUUGUACCUCCGAUGAUUGUCCUGCUUUGCAAGAAUCCUGCUGUCAAGAAAUACGACCUUUCUUCGCUUCGCUUCAUAAUGUGUGGCGCAGCGCCUCUGUCUGGUGAGCUGACACAACAAGCCACACAAUUGCUACCACAUGUAUCUAUCCAUCAAGCAUACGGAAUGACGGAGACAUCUACGACUGUUUCAUGGCCACGCCUCGACCAGAAGAUCGGAACGUUGGGAUGUGGAGGUCAGAUUCUCGCAGGCGUGACGAUGAAGAUAGUCAAGGAAGAUGGAUCACUGGCUAAACUCGGAGAACCUGGAGAGCUUUACGUGAAGGCACCGUCGUUGGCUCUCAGAUAUUUGAACAAUGAAGAGGCGACGAAGGAGACUUUCAUCGAUGGAUGGGUUCGUACUGGUGACGAGGUCUACAUCAAUGAGCUGGCGGAAAUCUUCAUCAUUGAUCGCAUGAAGGAAAUCAUGAAAGUCAGAGGCUUCCAAGUGGCGCCUGCCGAACUCGAGGGACAUCUCCUAACUCAUCUACAUGUGGCUGAUACAUGUGUAGUCGGCGUACCAGACGAGUACAGCGGAGAGGUGCCCCUUGCCUUCGUAGUACUUUCACAAUCUGCAGCGGAUCGCAUAAAGAACAACCCUGCGGAUGCAGACACGAUCAAAGCAGAAAUCGCCAAGUAUGUCGCGGAUAACAAGGUCCAUUACAAACGAUUAGUCGGGGGCGUCGAGUUCAUUGACGCAAUCCCGAAGAACCCCAGUGGAAAGCUACUGAGACGGUUGUUACGGGACAAAGCGAAGGAGUUGAAGAAGUCUCAAACUGUUCAGAUCAAGGCCAAGCUCUGAGCCUUUACUAGUCAUAUCUAGAGUGGGAUUGUUGCUCACUUUCAUUCAAUGGAUGAAGUGGAUCUUGGAAUAUUUGUGUUGUUGCUAUUACUAGUACUACGCUUGCCGCUUUUAGCGCCUUUCUGUAUACAAUGGGUCUCGUUCGAUCACUUC